AAUUUUGUUUGCUGCAAAAUCAAACAUAUACUUUAUCAUAUUUUGAUCCGAAAAAUAUUCAUAAAUCAUAAUAUCCCAAAAUAAAUUCAUCCCCUCUCCUCUUUCUUAGGUGUCUGUGAAUUUGUUGCAGAAGAACAAAAUGGGGAUCCGAUUCGUGUUAAUGGUGAACAAACAAGGUCAAACUCGUCUUGCUCAGUACUACGAGUAUCUCACUGUUGAAGAAAGACGAACCCUUGAAGGCGAAAUCGUUCGCAAAUGCCUCGCCCGUAACGAACACCAGUGUUCAUUUGUUGAGCAUCGCAAUUACAAAAUUGUAUAUAGGCGCUAUGCAUCUUUGUUUUUCCUGGUUGGAGUUGACGAUGGCGAGAAUGAGCUUGCUAUUUUGGAAUUUAUCCAUCUCUUAGUUGAAACCAUGGAUCGACAUUUUGGCAACGUGUGUGAACUAGAUAUCAUGUUUCAUUUAGAAAAGGUACAUUUUAUGUUGGAGGAAAUGGUGAUGAAUGGUUGUAUUGUGGAGACUAGCAAAGCAAAUAUUCUGACUCCCAUUCAGCUGAUGGAUAAAUCAUCUUAAGUGAGACAAAACAAGAGUUCAUGUAUUUCUAUGUUAUUAUUACUAUUAGCUGUCAAUGUUGCUACUGUAUGUGUACAAUCAAGUGAAUAUAAACUACAUCAGUUAAUCUCAGUUUUCUCUAUGAAUAAAAUACUAAAGUUUGUAUUUCA